GAAAUGUGGCCGCAGCAGCAUGUAAUAUUCGAUUUAUAACUUCCCGAACGUUUAUAAGGCCGUUCAAUUACUUACGAUCUACAUCAUCCUCCCCAUCCCUUCUUUGCUAAGCUGUCUCGACUACAACCUUGAAGUUCAUCUUUCCCUCUAACGCUUUUCAAACUGUUGCUCACUCGCAAUCUCCGUACCUAUUUAUCUAAGUUCUUCUUCUCAAUGGCACCUGGACUUGAUUUCUUCAAGAGCUCCGAGUCUAGUGACGCACCAGUCACUCAGAUAUGCGCCGAUGAAGAAUCUGAAGUUCACGGUUCCUUCGAGUCGGACGCCCCCCCUAGACCUGAUGUUUACUACAACCCUCGCUUCGACCCGAAGAAUUUCCUAGAGGGAGAACUCUCUGUUGACGCUGCUACCCGUCUUCGUCAACUGCUGGCCAGGCCAGGUAUCGUUAUUGCCCCCGGUAUCUGUGACGGUAUUAGUGCCCGCUGCGCACUAGAAGCUGGUUUUGAUUGCAUGUACCAAAGUGGUGCUGCAACCACCGCUUCUCGCCUUGGCAUGCCCGACCUUGCCAUUGCUACAUUAAAUGACUUCGUUCAAAGUGCGCAGAUGGUCUGCAGCUUGAGCCCAAGCACUCCUGUUAUUGCCGAUGCCGAUACUGGCUUCGGUGGGACUGCUAUGGUUGCUCGCACAGUCUAUCAAUACAUACGUGCUGGUGUUGCAGGCAUGCACAUCGAGGACCAAGUACAAACCAAACGUUGCGGUCACUUGAUGGGCAAGCAAGUUGUCUCUCGAGAGGAAUUUGUUACGCGCAUCCGAGCAGCUGUCAUUGCUCGCGACUCUUUCCCUGGUGGUUCAAAUUUCGUUGUCAUUGGGCGGACCGAUUCCGCUCAAGUUCUCGGCAUGGAAGAAGCUGUCUUCCGUUUGAAGUUGGCGGCUGAUGCCGGUGCCGAUGUCUGUUUCAUUGAGGGCGUCAAGACUGCGGAGCUUCUGAAAUCAACAGUCAAAGCCCUGGAACCUAAACCCGUCCUCGUUAAUGUCAUUUCCGGUGGCCUAACGCCCUCUUUUACUACCAAGGAGGCUGAGGCUCUCGGCGCCAAGAUCAUCAUUUUCUCACUCGUGUCCUGCGUCGCUGCUGUCCAUGGCAUUCGUGCUGCUAUGCAAUCCCUGAAGAAGACGGGCACUGAUUUCUCAUCGGCCAAGGGCAUGGAUCCCAAGGCCUUCUUCGAAGUCAUGGGUCUCCAAGAGGUUGUCAGCUUGGACGCAAAGGCAGGAGGUAGCUCAUUUGAUGUCGUAUAGAGCCAAAUUGGCUUUGACUUCACUCUCGUUAUUGUUCUACACUUAAUUCACUUUCAAACUGUUUCAAUUGUAUACGGGACGACGGGGACGCCAUCAGCAUUGGUAUCAUUACGAUUACGCUGUUAUCAUUAGAUUUUCUUUUCAUCUCUCUACAAGCAUUACAUACAUGCAAUACAACCUGGAUUUCUUGACUUA